AUGGCUGAGGGACGACCGAGGAAGGUUAUUGUGGAUACCGAUGGCGGCAUCGAUGAUCUGCUGGCUCUCGCCCUCGCUCUCAAAUCUCCUGAAGUUGAGAUAAUCGCCAUCACCACAGUACACCUUCCCACCCACACUGGAAGGAUCCUCACCAUGUGGCCGAGGAUAUCUGCUGCACAGGUGUGCGGCAACGUGCCAGUCGAUAGGGCGACAUCCAACAUCCAGCUCCUCUUCCACUACAUGCAAAAGCAAGAGGGAGGAAACAAGCUUCGCUUCCCCCACAUACUCGCUGUGGGCGCGCCCAAGCCCCUGCGGAGACUGCUCGUCACGGCCGAGUACUUUCACGGCGAGGACGGCGUGGGCGGGAUCACCACCCUCAAGGACGAGGCCACCGACACGCUCAUCUACGCGCCGCCCCAGGGCAACUUCACGCUCCACCACCAGCCCGCCGUCGAUGUGCUGUUGGACCUCCUGCGGACCCACGAGCCCGGCGAGAUCACCAUUCUCACGAUCGGCCCGCUGACCAACAUCGCGCUGGCGGCCGAGGCCGACAUCGAGACCCUGCGCCGCGUCCACGAGAUCGUGAUCAUGGGCGGGGCCUUCUUUGCUCCCGGCAACGUGACGCCUCACGCCGAGUACAACAUCUACGCUGAUCCCGAAGCGGCCAAAGUCGUGUGCGAGGCCCGGCUGCCGCUCGUCUUUGUCCCUCUCGAUGCCACACACCUCGUCCCGUUUGCGGAGGAGAGCCUGCGGCCCUGGUCCGACAAGUCCCCGAUCGCCAAGUUUGUGACCGACCUUACGGCCAAGGCCUACGGCAGGAAGGUAGUGGCGCACUGUUCGAACAGUGCCCCUCGCUUCCAACUGAACGAUGUCUCUGCAGACACGUUCCACCUGCACGACCCCGUGGCCACGGUGGUGGCGAUCGACGAGGAGCAGCGCAUGACCAAGCGAAAGAGGUUCGGCUCGGCUGUGGUCGACUGCACGCCCGAGUUCGACGGCAAAACCACUGUCACUGAAGCCGUGGUGAAGGCCGACGACGAAGAGGGCACAAGGCGAGCCUACGUCGACGUGGUGCUCGAAGUUGAGACAGACCGCGUCCUGUCCUUCUUCAUGGAGCGGGUCCUUCACCCGUAA